GAAAUUUUUUGGAACCCAAUAAGGUAAAAAAAAGCCAGAAAAACAAGAUUAGGGAAUUAGGGUUUAUACGAGAGUAUUAAAAUUAUGCAAUCAUAAAUAAAAAAACACAACUUUAGUGUGGGUUGGUAGCACUGUGCACCAGAGUUUAUUCUUUGCAACUUCAAAUUCUUCGAAGGAGGAUAGAAAAUGAGUGAUAAGAAGGAGAAGGACGAAGCUGGACAAGAAGUUCCAGUUACUGCUGAGGACGAUGGGAAAGCAAAUGAUUCUCCUCCUGCUGCUGCAGUGGAGGAAACUCCUGAGCCUGCUAAAAAUGAGAAAACCCAGUCCGAGAAGAAAGAGAUUGGGGACGCUACUGAGAAGAAGAAUGGUACCAGCUUAGAGCCCAUUUCAAAACUACCUGCUCAAGAUUCUUCCUCGGACGAACCUGUUGUCAAGCCAACUACUGAAACCACAAGUGAUGUCCCUGAACCUACCUCCGCUGAUGCCAAGACUGAAGCUCGUAAAUUGCUUCCAAAUAAGAAAGCUGCUGAUGAGGGAACUACUGCCUCUGCCAGUCAGCUUGAGAAUGUUGAACCCACUGGUGAUGCCAAAACUGAGCCUUCGAAAUUUCCUCAAGCCAAAACUGUUGAUGUUGGACAAACUGCAAGUGUGAAUCAUAAUGAAACUGUUCUGCCCCCGGCUGCAACUUCUGAUAUGAAAUCUGAAUCUGGGAGUGUGGCAGAAUUGAAGAAUAAGGCUAAUGAAAAAGAUGUUGCCACUCCCACAGAUAAUGGAAACCCAAACGCAAAGAACUUAUUUCUUCUUGAUGAUAGCAUGUCAGAAGGUGGUGAAUCUGGGACGGAAGAGGAUCAAUCAGCUUUUAUGAAGGAGCUGGAAAAUUUCUUUAGGGAGAGGAACAUGGAAUUCAAACCUCCCAAGUUCUAUGGAGAGGGUCUGAAUUGCCUGAAGCUUUGGAGAGCUGUGACUAGAUUGGGUGGCUAUGAUAAGGUGACUUCAUGUAAGUUGUGGCGACAAGUGGGAGAAUCCUUCAAACCCCCAAAGACAUGCACUACAGUUUCUUGGACAUUUCGAGGGUUUUAUGAGAAGGCACUUCUGGAUUAUGAAAGGCAUCAUAUUCGUGGUGGUGAGCUUAGCGUUCCUAUUUCUUCCAACUCAGAGGCUCUGAGCAUUGAUAAUCAGGCAUCAGGAUCAGGAAGAGCACGAAGGGAUGCAGCAGCACGCGCUAUGCAGGGGUGGCAUUCACAACGUCUUCUUGGUAAUGGAGAAGUUAGUGAUCCCAUUAUUAAGGAUAAAAAUGCUAUUUCGUUGCAAAAGCGCGAAAAGAUCAAAAAUAUCGGCUUGCUUAAACGGAAGAAGCCACCCUACGUGGACCAUGCAGUAAAAGCUGCACGUACUAAAACAUCUAAGUCCCAGCUGGAUACAGCUGUAGUUGAUGUUGGCCCUCCAGCAGAUUGGGUCAAGAUCAAUGUGCAAAAAACAAAAGACUGUUAUGAAGUUUACGCUUUAGUUCCAGGGCUUCUCCGUGAGGAGGUGCGUGUUCAGUCAGAUCCUGCUGGACGGCUGGUUAUAAGUGGUGAGCCUGAGCAUCCUGAUAAUCCAUGGGGUGUAACACCCUUCAAGAAGAUUGUGAGCCUACCAUCAAGAAUUGACCCGCACCAGACAUCAGCUGUGGUCACCCUGCAUGGCCAGUUAUUUGUUCGUGUUCCAUUUGAACCGUCAGAGUAAAUAACAUUUUGAUGGUUCCCAUCCCUAUUUAACCCCAAUACUAGGUAAAUUGGGAGGUUGAGCAUCAUGUUUAACUUAGUUUAUGAACCUUGGUGUACAUUGUUUCUAUUAGUUGAGGACCUUCUCACAUGGAUAAAUGUUAGUUAGGAAUUCUUAUGUACUUUUGGACCAGUUGAUGAUGAUAUGUUGUAUUGUAAGUAAGUAGUGUCCAACGAGGACGCGCUCAACUUCUUCCAAGAA